AUGUCUACCUCUUCAAGCAAUGACUCAAAUACGCAAAAAAAACCCACUGUAAUUUUAUGUAUUGGUAUGGCAGGCUCCGGUAAAACAACCUUUAUGCAGCGAUUAAAUGCACAUCUUCAUGGUAUUAAAAAACCACCUUACAUAAUAAAUCUUGAUCCUGCAGUUACUCAACUCCCAUUCACUGCGAAUAUUGAUAUUCGAGAUACAGUAAAUUAUAAAGAAGUUAUGAAACAAUAUAGUUUAGGACCAAAUGGUGGUAUAGUAACAAGUUUGAACUUGUUUACCACAAAAUUUGAUCAAGUUUUAGAAUUUGUAUCAAACCGUUCUACUUCAAUAGAACAUAUAAUUAUAGAUACGCCUGGACAAAUUGAAAUAUUCACAUGGUCAGCUUCUGGCACAAUUAUAACUGAAGCAUUAGCUGCAUCUUAUCCAUGUGUGGUAGCUUAUGUCAUUGAUACACCUAGAACAGCAAGCCCAUCAACAUUUAUGAAUGUAGUUUCACAUCAAUUUGCUGUUGAUUGGAUGACUGAUUUUGAAUCUUUUCAAGAAGCACUUCAAAAAGAUACUAGUUAUAUGACUUCACUUAUGAAUUCAAUGUGUUUGGUUUUAGAAGAAUUUUAUAAACAUUUACGAUUAGUUGGUGUAUCAGCAAUGUCAGGUUUAGGAAUGGAUGAAUUUUUUGAAGCUGUAGGUGAAGCUGUUAAAGAAUAUGAAAAAGACUAUAAACCAGAAUUGGAAAGAUUAAUUAAAGAAAAGGCAGAACGAAAAGAAGCAGAGAAACAAGCACAGUUAUCAAGAUUAAUGAAAGAUAUGGACGUAGCAGAUAAAUCACCUAAAAUGAUAGAUCCUGAUUACAAAGCAAUGAAAUCAUAUCAAGGUAAACUUGAAGAAGAAACUUUUGCCCAUUGGAUACAACAAACCCGUCAAGGAGGUAGUGAUGGUGGAAGUGGAAUAAUUUGA